GUUUUUCUGCCAUUUUGCUUCAGAGUUCCUGGAUCUUCUACAUCAGCUUGGUUCUCUUCUUAUUCUCCUGGACGGGCCCGACUCGGAGCCAUGACCGGUCCGGAGCUCCUGCUGGACUCCAGCAUCCGGGUGUGGGUGGUCCUCCCCAUCGUCUUCAUCACCUUCUUCGUCGGGGUGCUGCGUCACUAUGUGAGCCAGCUGCUGCACAGCGACAAGAAGGUGGAGCUGGAGCAGGUUUCUGACAGGGUGAGUUCUGCCUCCUGGUACUUCCUGAACGUGUUUGGGCUGAGGAGCAUGUACACCCUGGUUCUGGGUCAGGACAACGCUGCUGACCAAUCGCGGAUCAUGCAGGACCAGAUGACUGGUGCCGCCAUGGCGAUGCCCCCUGACCCCAACAAGGCUUUUAAGGUGAAGGUCGGAGAGUUUGGUUCUGGUGGGUUGGUUCUGGUGGGUCGGUUCUGA